AGAAAGUUAAAGAGAACAUUUCUGUUGUUGUUGUUUGGUGUUUGAAAAUGCAAUCAUUCGAGUAACUGUUUGAAAAAUUUCUUACAACGACGAAGGAGAUUUUAAAAAGAUAGUAGAAGGAUGUCAAAUGAAGAAUAACUUGUCAGCUGUGUGCAUAGGAACGUUGUGAAUGACUCUGGCCCCUAUGUUCGUUCAUGGAGGUUGUAUUUUAAUUUAAAGAAACAAGAAAAGAGGUCACAUCAUCUCGACUUGAAACGUCACUAGUUCAUUUUUGGAAUGUUGAUGCGUUAAAAUGAAUUCAAGUUUCGCUGUGCUGAUUGUUGGGGUGCUGCAGCUGGUGGACGUCCUUCAUGCAGACGAUCUCAAGUAUCAUGAAGAUGACCAGAGCCCAGUCGUCACCUUGGAAACGUGUCAAAUGUCAACAAUGAAAAUCACGUGUCCAAGCCCUCAUGAUGACGUAAUCAUCGUUCAAAAUUCUCUUCUGGGCAGAAUGAAGACUGGAAAAUGUAUCCAGCAAUCAUUCGGUCACCUCAAUUGCUCCCUCGAUGUCAAACCGGAAAUGGAUGCCUACUGUUCCGGAAGAAGUGUGUGUCACGUGACUGUGGAUGACUCAUCAUUUAAACGCCCUACACCUUGCCCGGUCGACUUGAAAACCUACCUGCUAGUUCAAUACAAGUGCAUCAAAGUCAUGCAGCUACGUUCUCAAUGCCAUCCCGUGUUUUUGUCCUCGUCGUCGUCGUCCAGCCUACUAAUGAAAGAACAGAGUGGCUUCAUUUCCAGUGACAUGGUCAAAAAGUCCGGGUGUGGGCUGUCCAUGCGACCUCUGACACUGAAGGUCGGUCAAGGUCAACGAAUCAACCUGACCUUGCACGAUUUUAUGUUCGGUCUGCGCAAAACUCUGCGUGCGUUGGAGGGUUUAAAUAAUGCUGGGACGAAUGAGAAUGCAGAUAAUAAUGACGUCACAUUCAACCGGCCAAUCACAGCAUCAGAUAGACAUUUCAUGAACAGUGGCUCUUGCCGCAUCUACGCUACUAUCAAAGAGAACAAACCGAAAAUCUCAAUAUCAGGAGGAUCUUCAGUGUGUGACUCGCAAGGUUCAAAGGUCAACGUGUACGUGUCCGCCACUGAUGAGAUUCAACUGAGAUUCAUGUUAAGUACUUCUUCCUCAUCUUCAUCGUCGUCGUCGUCGUCGUCACCAACGUACGAUGACGUAUUUAAAGACCCCCACUUCCUCUUCGAAUAUUCAGGUUGCUUGGACGACGACUUACCGGCGGAUGCUUGGAAGAGGAAGGACAAGGACGGGAAGGUGGUCGUGUUGGGAUGCGGAAGUGACGUCACGUGGCAGAUGACCUGUCACCAUGGCAACCGUUGGCACGGUGUUAUGCGCAACUGCUCUACCUAUGCAGGAUCAUACUUGCCGUUCUUUCCAUCUUUUCCAAAAUUUUUUUCAAGUGCGAUCAUCAUCAUCAUCGCCGUCGUCGUUUGUGUAGCAGUUCUCAUCACGGGAGUCAUGUGCAUUAAAAGAAGUUUCAAGUCUCGUUUGGAGGCGAGGAGGAGAGGGCAGACGGCUGGUGCCCCGGUGGAGGUGGACAGGUCCCCUGUUGAUCCCGUUGACAAGCGGCUGGCUGGUGUGUACGACGACGAUGAUAGAGGCAACCAGUACGCCAGGAUGAAGAUGCAACAGCAGCAUCCACAAUAUCUACAACAUCCGCAACAACUGCUUCAUCAACAUUUCUUACCGCAGCUUUCACAGCAGCAGCCACGUGAGAUGAUAUCUGCGGAAGGCACAGGUUAUAGCAUCGACACGACAUUAGACCACAUUUAUGAAAGCCCAGAUCUGUUCAAAUAUCAAAGAGCAGCAGAUGUUCAUAGUGAUGAGAAUGAUGAUGAAAAUCUCAACGCAACCCUGCCACCCGUCGAACAGCCAGCGACAGCUCAGCGCAUGUUUGCACCUCCAGAUUCUUCUUCGAUCGUUCAACCAACUUCCCUACCUUUCCGAUUCAAUCAACAUUUUCAUUAAAUUAAAUUCUUGUCUGCUUGACAAAUUAUUUAUUCCAUUUGAUUAUUUUUUAAAGAUUUAUUUAAAAAUUGACAAAUUGAUAAUAUUUAAAAACUUCAUUCAAAAUUUUGUUUAAAUAGUGACAUUCUUUUUGGAUCAAAAAUUUUAUUUUAUGUUUGAAACUAUUCAUCAAAGCUG